AUGAUCCCUCAUGAAGUUGGUGAUAUUGUGCCAUCCGAUACACUCACCCUGCAAUGCGGAUCUUGUGAGGCCUCGUAUCAGCUCAACGGAGUGAUAUAUUGUGGACAAGAGCACUUCACCGCAUGCCUCAUCAUCAACAAGUGUGUCUGGCAAUACAACGGUCAGCAGAACAAUGGUUGUCCACAGAAAGACAAGACUUGUACUAUGGAUCUGGUCAAAUUGUCUCAGCGACCUGCGCUUGCAUACAUUUAUGCAUGCAGAGAGGUUAAAGAUGUCGUAACCUAG